UCUCCACCGUCCUCCUGUCCCUCAAUCGAAUGGCCAAUACCUCUCCAUUUCUCCAUGAUAUCUUCACUCCGUCACCACGCCAAUCUCUCACAAAAAAUCACUGUCUUCAAUUCCUUAAAUAAAAAUUUAAAACCCUGUCUUUCAUUUUGUUCUCUCUUUCUCCCAGUAUAAGAAACCAUGUUACUUAAGGCGGCACCAGCCUUUUCUCUGCUGAAUACUAGAGGGGAUAGUUCGGGUCCCCUGUUUUCCUCCGCUUCUUCUUUGUCUCACAAUAAUCUUGCUGUUUCUCCUUCAAUUCUUCGCACAAAAACUGGGUCUGGAUUUCUUGUUUGUGCUUCAAAAGGGGCUACUAACAAGUCUCUAACUGGUGUUGUCUUUAAGCCUUUCGAGGAGGUUAAGAAAGAACUGGAUCUCGUGCCUACUUUGCCACAUGUUUCUCUUGCUAGACAGAAGUUUACUGAUGAGAGUGAAGCCGCCAUCAAUCAACAGAUCAAUGUGGAGUACAAUGUCUCAUAUGUGUACCAUGCCAUGUUUGCCUACUUUGAUAGAGAUAAUGUGGCACUCAAGGGCCUUGCCAAUUUUUUCAAGGAAUCAAGUGUUGAAGAAAGAGAGCAUGCUGAGAAAUUGAUGGAAUACCAGAACAAAAGAGGUGGAAAAGUGAAGCUGCAUUCUAUAUUGAUGCCCCUCUCGGAGUUUGAUCAUGCGGAGAAAGGAGAUGCGCUGUAUGCUAUGGAGCUUGCCUUGUGUUUGGAGAAACUAACAAAUGAAAAGCUCCUGAACUUGCACAGUGUGGCUGAUCGGAACAAUGAUGUGCAGUUGGCAGAUUUUGUUGAAAGUGAGUUUUUAGCCGAGCAGGUGGAAUCUAUCAAAAAGAUCUCAGAAUAUGUUGCUCAGCUGAGAAGGGUGGGCAAAGGACAUGGAGUAUGGCACUUCGACCAGAUGCUCCUCCGUGGGGAAGAAGCGGUUGCAUAAUUAUGAAGCGAUCUUGCUUAGCGUACCGUUUAUGAGAUCGUUUUAUGCAAUCUUUUUUUUUUUAAUCUAGUUUUUGUUCAGAGGUUUUUGGAAUGUGUUUCAGUGGUUGGUUAAACAUACUUUAAUGUUGUCCAGGAUCGAACACGAGCUUAGCCAUCGUUCUUAGAGAUUUAAGGUGGUUCAAAAUUUAUGGUUAUCCUUCAUUCCUAAUUUUAGAGUA